GCCUUCCCCGAGUUCACUGGGCGCGUCUCCUUUCCCACGCAGGAGCUGGUGAAGAUCCUGCACAAGGCGCUGGAGGCAGCCCAGCAGGAGAAGAGGGUGUCCAGCGCAUACCUGGCAGCGGCCCAGGACAAGGACCGGCUGGAGCUGGUGCGUCACAAAGUGCGGCAGAUUGCGGAGCUGGGCCGGCGGGUGGAGGCCCUGGAGCGGGAGCGGGAGAGCCUGGUGCAGACGGCAGGCCUGCGGGAGCAGGAGAUUGAGGAGCUGCAGCGGCACGUGCAGCUGCUCCUGGACAAGAAUCAGGCCAAGCAGCAGGUCAUCUGCAAGCUCUCCGAGAAGGUCACCCAGGACUUCAUGAAGGCCCCGGAGGAGGCCGACAGGGACUUCCUGAGCCAACAGGAGAAGAUGGAGCACCUGAAGGAUGACAUGGAAGCAUACCGGACCCAGAACCGCUUUCUCAACUCUGAGAUCCACCAGGUCACCAAGAUUUGGAGGAAGGUGGCUGAGAAGGAGAAGGCCCUCCUGAUGAAGUGCGCCUACCUCCAAGCCCAGAACUGUCGGGUGGAGAGCAAGUACCUGGCGGGCCUGCGGAGGCUGCAGGAGGCUUUGGGGGUGGAGACCGGCGAGUGCUCCGAGCUCCUGAGGCAGCUCAUCCAGGAGGCGCUGCAGUGGGAAGCCAGCGAGGCCUCGGCCGAAAGCGUCGUGCUCGGCCCCAGCACCGUCAGUGAGUAUGACAAGUACGGCUUCCUGACGGUGCCCAGCUACGAGGUGGAGGACCUGAGGCUGCUGGCCAAGAUCCAGGCGCUGGAAGUGCACUCCCACCAGCUGCUGGCCCACGAGGUUGUGCAGCGGCCACUGCGGGAGCGCUGGGCCGCCCUGGGCGAGCUGGCCCCCUCAGCAGAGCUCAAGCAGCUGCUGCGGGCGGGCGUGCCCCACGAGCACCGGCCGCGUGUCUGGAGGUGGCUGAUCCGCCUCCGCGUCCAGCACCUGCAGGCCCCCGGCUGCUACCAGGAGCUGCUGAGCCGGGGCCAGGCCUGCAAGCACCCUGCUGCCCGCCAGAUUGAGCUGGACCUGAACCGGACCUUCCCCAACAACAAGCACUUCACCUGUCCCACCUCCGGCUUCCCUGACAAGCUCCGCCGGGUGCUGCUGGCUUUCUCCUGGCAGAACCCCACCAUCGGCUACUGCCAGGGCCUAAACAGGCUGGCGGCCGUCGCUCUGCUGGUCCUGGGUGAGGAGGAGAGCGCCUUCUGGUGUCUGGUGGCCAUUGUGGAGACCAUCAUGCCAGCCGACUACUACAGCAAGAUGCUCUUGGCAUCCCAGGUGGACCAGCGAGUGCUCCAGGACCUCCUCUUGGAGAAGCUGCCCCGGCUGACGGCCCACCUGGGACAGCGCCGCGUGGACCUGUCCUUCAUCACCUUCAACUGGUUCCUUGUGGUCUUUGCGGACAGUCUCAUCAGCAACAUCCUCCUCCAGGUCUGGGACGCCUUCCUCUACGAGGGCAUCAAGGUGGUGUUCCGCUAUGCCCUGGCCAUCUUCAAGUACAAUGAGGAGGCACUCCUCAGGCCACAGGACAGCCUGGAGAUCUACCAGUACCUGCAUCUCUUCACCAAGACCAUCUGUGACAGCCGGAGGCUGAUGCAUAUCGCCUUCAACGACAUGAACCCCUUUCCCUUGAAACAGCUGCGCCAGCUGCGGUCGGCCCACCGGGAGCGGCUGGAGGCGGAGCUGAAUGAACUGGAGCAGCUCAAGGCCGAGUACCUGGAGACCCGGGCGGCCCAGGGCCCCUCGGCGCCCGAGGGCUGCCCCAGCGAGGACGAGGGGGACGCAGAGCCCUGACGUGGCCGCCCGCGCUCCCCAAGCCCCUUCUCGCCCUGGGCCGGCAGGCCCAGAGUUGGACGGCCGUGGAGCGCUGCGUGACCCUGGGCAGGUCCCUUCUGCUCUCUGGGGCCCAGUCUCCCCACUGCAAUGCUGGCUUCUGAAGCCGCUGGUUGGGUUUUCUCCUCGUGAGCACACCCGGGAUGCACCCCUUCUCACUUCCCCCACAGAGCACUUUAGUACCUAGACAAGCAAGAGUGCUGUCUUUAUAGGGUAACCUUGAACAUUCUCCAAGUUUUAUCUGUGUAUAACAGUGUGAAUACUGGAAAUAGUUCACAAGCUCUGGAACCUAAA